AUGUCCGACUCACGCAGAGGUCCGACUCCCCCCUCCACGAGCAACACACAUUUCCACGUCGUACUGGCUGCGCUGUGCCAUGUCUGGGAUGUUGCGCUCAAGCCCGUUCCGAAGUUGACGUCGGUGGACGAUGUAGAUGGCACCUUCUUCUUCGCGCCGCUCGCCUAUCUCGCCGCCACCCUGGUCACCGCCCUGUACUUCAGCCAGGUCUGGCUGUUCACCCUGUCCGCUUUCGGCGUAGUCUGGCUCGACUCCCAGAUGGCUUGGAGGGCCCAGAAGAUCGGAAUGGAAAUCAUGCAGAGACACAUCGCGGAACAGGCUGAGGCUGCUCGUACUACUGCAAGCCGUCAGAGACUCCCUGUCAUCGAUGAGGAACCCCGCACAGCCACCGAGACGCCCGUCGAGGCUGAACAGGUCACUGUCGCACCCGUUGUGAUCGCUGAGCCCGAGCUCUCGAUUGAGAAGAUCGAGGAGGUCGUCUCUGUUCCCGAGAUCGAGGUCGAGGAGGUCGUCGCCGUUCCCGAAGUUUCCCUCCCAGCCGAGGUUGAAGCUCCCGUUCUCGCUGCCAUCGAGGAAGAGAAGGAAGCGCCCUUGUACGACGACACCUUCACGCUAAUGGCGGAGAUGGAGGCCGUUCACCGCGAGCUGGCACAAGUCCUCGGCGCGCGCAAGCAAGCGCUGCAGCAGGCCGCCUCUGCCGCCGCCAUGGCCACUGCGACCUGCGGCCCGCCGCCGCAGCUCCCCCCUCGCCCAUCCCCCGCCGAGACCAAGCUCGAGGUCAUCCCCGCUGACGAGGACACGGCACUGCACGUGUUCAGCAUGGAAGAGCUCGAGGAGUCCUCGUCGUCGCAGUCCUCGCUGCGCUCCUUCGGCGAGUUCAUCGACAGCGCCUCCGCCUCGGGUCCGGGCCAGGAGUUCUCGCGGCCGCCUUCGCGCCAGAUCAACCGCGAAGCCCCGCACUUCCCGAUCAUCGACGACGUGCUCAAGGAGUUUGAGGCGACGAUGCGGGCCCCCACCGCCGGCGCCGUCGCCGAGAUCGAGAUCGAGAUGAUGGAGAUGGACUCUGCCGAGUCCGGCUCCGAGAACGGCUCUGACAACUACGACCACGAUAGCGGCCACUCCAGCGAACACGACGACUCCCGCAACGGCUCGUCGGGCGACGAGAACGAGAGCCGUCCUGACUCCCCCGCUACGAGUGUCAGCUCCAGCAACAACGAUGAUGACGAUGUCAAGGAGGAGCCACUGGACUUUGUCCGCCCUGCCCUCGAGCACGUCGACUCGGGUAUCUGCAUGGAGGGCGACGAGUACGAGUCCAGGGAGGAGGAUGAGGAGGAAGCUAUCGUCGCCCAGUCCCCCGCCGAGGAGAAGACCAUCCACACCGUCUGCGAGACCGAGCUCGCCGUUGUUGAGGAAGAGGAGACCGUACAGGCUCUCAUCGAGGCCAUCGAGCUCCCUAUACCCACGCUCCAGCGCCCAAAGCUCAUCCGCGCUUCCACCUCGCGCUCCUCGCAGAAGAAGAUUCUGCCCCCGCGGAAGAACAACGGCCACAAGCGCAUCCCGAAGAAGGUGCGGCUGUCGACAAGCGAGAAGCAGAAGUUCCUGAGCCGGCCUGUGUGGUAG